AACCUAAAUACUUUAUAAGCAGUUUAUCUUUAUUCGUUUUAAGUUCAAUUAAUUGUAUAUUCUUGUAUUUUUUGCGUAUACUUGAUUUUUGAAAUUGCACUAAAUAAAAUGUCUAUACCAAAUUUGCCUAAUUUCUUAGAAGAUGAAUCUCGUUACUUAAGUCUUUUGCAAAAUAAUGAGAUUUGGCGUAAAGUACCUUUACUCAACUAUACUCCUCUGCAUGGAUUAACAGACCUAUCACUCGUGCGAUUUCGAGGGAUGAUACAGGAUAUGCUAGAUCCGGAAAUUUAUCUGGAAAAGUACCAGGUAAUUAGUUCUGAAGGUCAGGGUAGAUUUCAAAAUGGAAAGUAUCGGGACUGUUUAGCACUGCAAGGAAAUGAAAAGGCAGAUUUUGAAUGUAGAGAGAACGUGCAAGCAGAAAGAAGGACUUUAUUUGUUGUUUCUGUGCCCGGAUUCAAUCAAUGGGCUUCAACAUUUGAGGAAUCUAGUUGUAAUAACAGUGAUUUAUCAAAACAUGAAGUAUCGACUUCUCAGAGAGUUCCAAAACGUUCGAUCCCUGAAGAACUAGACUCAGAAAUGAUGGAUGUAAACGACAAUUCCAGAGAUAACAAAUUGAAUAAACGGCAGUGUACGGAGAAUGAAAAUUCGCGGCCUUCAAAUGUCAGCACUUCAGUAUUAUCUGCUGAAUAUCAUUUAAAUUCUCCUAUUCCUGACCGACCUAGCAAAGCUUGCUUGAUAAAACUGUACAGUGACUUUGACAGUCACAUCUUAAAUUCGAUUGUCGAUAUUGUGGGAUUCUUAUCCGUAGAUCCGGCCCUAGAUGCUUCUACAAUAACUGACUCUUCCUACGACGAAUUUGAUAGCUGUGGGGAAAGACAGGCCCAAAACCCUCCGCCUUCACUUAUACCACGACUGCAUGCAGUCGCUGUGCGAAAGUUGGAUCACACUAAUCCUUUGCUCGAUUCAUCAAUUUGUGAACCGAUAUUUUCCAAUUUUAGUUUUGAGUCCGUGUACAAAGACCUCAAAAUCCUCCUGACUCAAUGUUUUUUAGGUGAUGACCUUGCAGCUGAAUAUCUUCUCUUACAUCUUAUAUCGACUGUAUACAUCCGUUCUGAUCUACACAGUCUGGGUAAAUUUGCACUGAACAUAUGCAAUAUACCUGCACAGUUGCUACCCAUUUACACGAAGCAGCUCUAUGAUAUUUUGGAGCUCUUUAUACCAGCCAGUCAUUAUUUACCAAUGACCCUCGAUAACAUGAAUACCCUCCAAUUUUUUCCCAAGAAAGACUACCAAACUAAUAAACUUACAUCGGGGAUUCUUCAACUGGCUCCGCAUACACAUUUAGUCUUAGACGAGACUCGGUUGGAACCAGGCAAGUUGGAAAACAACGGAGUACGAGGAAUACAGAGUCUAGCACACUUCAUUAAAACUCAGCAACUGAAAUGUGACUUCCAAUAUUACGAUAUAGAUUUCAACACAAAUAUACCAGUGUUGGUAUUGAGUGAAGGGAGGAGUAUGCUGCCUAAUGAUUUCCAAGUUCCCCUGAGCGUUGAUAAUGAUAGAAUAAGUUUAAUCAGUGAAACUUUGAAAGCAGCAAAACAUUAUGCUCAGCCUAAGUUGGAUGCCAUUAGGUGUUACCUCACCGCUGCCAAAUUAUCUUCGUUCGAUAUGAAUCCAGCAGACAGUGAUAUGAUACAAACGGAUUUUGUCGAAAUGCGUAAAGCCAAUGCUAAAGUUGGUGCAGAUGAACUCCACAGACUUCUUGUACUAUCGCGGCUAUUGGCUAUAGCCACUGGCAAAACACAAUUCGACACGGAAAGCUGGGAUAAAGCAAAGCAAAUGGAGGAGACGCGCCUGCGCCGCAUAGUGAACAUCCACAAAUCGACUCAAAAUAAAUAAUUUUGGCUUUAUUUUACAAAUUUUCUUAUAUUUAACUUAAACAAAAUAAAUUAUUCUAUCCAUUUUCACAAA